CGUGCCUAAAGGUUAUAUAUAGGUGUCUGAAGACGCGCGCUCAUUUCAGCUUCUCCAUCAGGGUGGAGAGACAUAAAAAAAAAGGAAAUAAUUGUUGGAAAAUUUGGUAUUCUUCUGGAGAAUUUGCUUGUAUAGCGUUUGAGGAAGGUUUUCUUCUUCUUCUUCUUUGGAAAGUGUUCACUUUUUCCUCUGGACAACAAACAGAAGAACUGAGGCGACAGACUACAGGGGAGAGUUUGGAAAGUUGUCCAUUUGGACCAAAUGGAGAAAAUGUCAAACCCAACCUGCUUUGCCCUGUUACUGAUGGCAGUAAUUGCCCAUGUGUGUGGAGAGUUUAUUCAGCCUCCUCCGUUCCUGGCGUUGCGCUCCUUUGCCGGAGAGGAGACUCGACUGCCGUGCGAGUUUAAGCCCCAGGACGGUGAUCGGGUGAUACAAGUGACUUGGUCUACAGAAAAGAAUAACGGUGUCAAGGAGCAGAUCAUCACCAGACACAUGACAGAGGGGCUUCAAGAGUUUCCUAACUUUGCGGGCCGUGUGCGCUUCGCAAGUUCUGACCCGAUUAAAGAGUCGACGCUGUUGAUUCUAAACACGAAGGAGUCGGAUCAAGCCACGUACACCUGCCAUAUCUCCACUUUUCCUUCAGGGAACUUCGAGAGACAAAUCAUCAUUACUGUUUGGAGGAUUCCCAUCUCAACACUGGAACCAGUCAUCCUGCAGGAGGGUCAGUCAUUCAAAGUGGCUGCCACCUGCCGUGCCAUUGGCCUGCCUCCACCAAGGCUCUCCUGGGACACAGAUGUCCCCGGGCAAAUACAGAACAGGAGUUCAGAGGACAGGGUCAUCACUUCUCAGUACUUCCUGCAUCCUCUACGCAGCAUGAACGGCCGCAAACUGGACUGUCUGGUGUGGCACCCUGCUCUAGCGCAACCCCAUAGGCUGAGCAACCUACUUGUCGUACACUUUCCUCCUGAUGCUGUGAUUUCUGGUUAUGAUCAGAACUGGUCAAUUAAUCGACAGGGUGCUGAGCUCAAGUGUGAGGGUGUAGGAAAUCCUCAACCACACAACUUCACCUGGACCAGGAAGGGUGGGUCUUUGCCCAAGGAAGUGUCUUUGGAGGGAAACAGGCUCAUUUUUACACGUCCCCUAAAUAAAACAGAUGAAGGAGUAUAUGAAUGUGAGGCCAGAAACACAGUGGGAUCUGUGAAGGCAGAGGUUAAUAUUCAGAUCUCAGUUAAUGAAGCGUCCCGGCUCGAGGCCUCUUUCAACAACCUCCUUCUGAUCAUAGUGGGUGGAGCUGCUGGGGCAGUAAUAGUUGUCAUGACAAUUAUCAUCUUAAUGGUUACCUGUCAUCAUAAACGCAGGACCAGGAAACUUAAAAGGGAGCUCAGUGAAAAGAAGGAUGAGAUCAAUAACCUUUCUAGACAGACCUCUAUGAGGAGACUUAACUCAGUCAGUACUGACCCCAGGAUACAGACUGAAGAAUCCACACUAAUCGGGAUGGACUCUCCUAUAAAAUCCAGUGUCUUUUCACUAGAGGAGAAUUCUAUCAUAUGUGAGCGGAGAGAUGGGUACAAAGAAGUCGACUAUGACAGCCUCGGCCGUCCAGCCAUCUACCCGUCUUACCACGCAGAGCGAGCGAGCAUGAGGAGGAAAGAGUCCGAGGUGGAGAAACAGGACCGUGCUCAGAGAGUGGCAAGCUUUAUAAAGAACAGUAAUAUGACUUUGGAUGUAGAUUUUUGCAGGGACCAGACUCCUCCACCUUUGUCUGUUUGCUCAGGCACUUCAAGAGACGGAGGGACAGAAAAAGACUUAUGGGGACAGAGAGAAGGCAUGCCGGAGGGUGAGGAGGGAGACUGCACCUCAGGCUCGCAUCAGCUUUCAGAAGCACUCCAGAACCACUUCCAUUACAGCAAUGGUUUCCUCAGGCCAAAACCCCACCCAAAUUCUAUACUACUUCACCCACAUUCCCAGGUCAUAUAAUGAGGAGGAAGUGUUUCUGCACCAUGUCAUUUCUGUGACCUUUUCAGAACACCAGUUAUGAGAUUUGUGUCCAGUGCAGCUCAUCCUGCUUACUGCUUCAUCUGACCAACUUCUUCUACACUCACUGGAGCACGUCUUAAUACCAUAAGCAGGGUAGACACAUCAAGACCAAUGGUCACCACGGUAUUCUACUCUACACACAAGCUUCUCACGGAUUAACUACAAGCAGGCUAAAAGUCCAGAUGUGGAGACAUUGACAAAUUUGUGCAGACCAACACUUUUAAAAGCUUGAACUGAAUAUAAAACUAAAUAUGAACUAGCACUGAUUAAGCAGAACUAGUGUUGGAGUUCCUUAGUGAAUUACUUGAUACUUUUUCCACAAUUUAUAGUGCAUUUGUAAACUUAUCGAUUGUGACAUUACCAUCAUACCAAAUGCUGAUCCAAAAAAAGAAAAAACAAACAAAAAACAGCAGAUAACUUGUAGGUGUGAUCUCAACGGUGACUUCAGGACCAUUCUUUUUUUUUUUUUCUUCCCCUCAGUGUUUUGAUGAGACUGAGACUUUGACUUGUUUUAAUUGCAUGUUUGCUUUGAAAAGUUCAUGGAGAAUGAAACAGGUUACUAAGCUUCAAGAAGCUCUUCAAUCAAGUUACUGUGAAUUAACGGCGUCCGCAAGCUUGAACGAAUGACGAGUCUAUCUAGACUUCGUGAACUUUAACGUCUGUGGGAAGCAGCGGCCAUUCUCUGUUUGUACUGAUGUAAUCUUCAGAGCAGGCCACAUCAUGCAGUGAAUCAGAGCUCCACAGAGAGAUUGAAAGCUCAAUAAAAGGACAAGAGACCCUGAAGGAAGCAGGAGUUUAAAUGAAUGCUGGGAAAAAAAGACCUUUGUGGAAUAGCAGCUUGUGCUGCCAAACGAAUAUCCUCCUGUUUCACGAGUGACUCUUGAAAUGUUUAGCCAAAAUGGUCAUCUCUUGUGGCAUUAACAUUAACUUGUACAGAGCAACAAACCCCCUUAUUACCUUGGCGUAUUCUGCUUUUCAUUCCCUGUCCAUACUGCAUAUACCAUUUGUUUGAACUCUCCAACCUAGUUUUGUAACUGGCUGCUUUUUUUUUUAAAUGCCUUAUAAAAUCUAGAAGUUCACCAGUG